UCAUUGUUUUAACUGGUAAAUCCCCUUGCGUCCAGUUAUUUCUGGCAGUUUGCUUCUGGUGUGGUCACUGAGUGUUUAAACGAAAGGCACGAUGACACCCUGUUUACCAAAACGGCAAAACCUGCCAUUUUCUUAUUCCUCUUUUCCUGCUCUUUACCGUUUCUUUUAUACUUUUCGGUUUUUUGUUGUCUGCGUUCCCAUUAUCUUAGGGAAAUAUGUUUAAAGACUUGCUGUGUUUGUCCCUCUUGACACCUAUAUAUUAUAAACUGUUCUUUCCUUUUUUUCCUCGCCCAAAAGAAUCCCCAGAUUUUACUCAAAUACCAUUUAUAGAGUUUUAAAGGAAACUCAUAGAGUUGUGGUGAACAAAAAUGAGCAAUAUUAUUAAGCAGUCCAAGUUGCUGAAAUUACUUUGGGAGAAAUAAAGUUUUGUGUGCGGAUUUUCAGUGUGAAAAAGCAGUCGCCGUGAAGAAGGGUAAAUGCUGUGAAGCUGACGUGCCCAGUGACCUUCGAAAAGAAGUAGAAAGUCAUUACAGGCUUUCUCUGCCUGAAGAUUUCUAUCACUUCUGGAGGUUCUGCGAAGGACUUGAUCCUGAACAGCCAGCCGGUCCUGCCUGAAGUGCUUGCCUCCCUCUUAGAGAAGCAUGAAGGCCCAUCUGAUGCUGUAAACGUGUACAUUUGAACAGACUUGAUGACUAAUCUGUGGAUGGGAAAAGAAGAUGCACUUUCUGCAAGCCUUGGACUUCGAUUAGUGGGUCCUUAUGAUAUCCUUGCCGGAAAACAUAAAAUGAAGAAAAAGUCAGCAAGCCUGAAUUUUAACCUUCACUGGAGAUUUUACUAUGAUCCUCCUGAGUUCCAGACCAUUAUUAUUGGAGAUUGUAAAACUGAGUUCCACAUGGGGUAUUUCAGGGAUUCUCCUGAUGAACUUCCUGUAUUUGUCGGUACAAAUGAAGCAAAGAAAAAUUGUAUAAUUGUUCAAAGUGGAGAAAAUGUGUUUGCUGCAGUCAAAUUAUUUUUGAUGAAAAAACUUAAAGAAGUAACAGAUAAAAAGAAAACUAGUCUCUUGAAAACCAUAGAUGAGAAACUCACAGAAGCAGCCAGAGAACUGGGGUUCUCACUGGAACAGAGAACCGUGAAGAUGAAACAGAGAGAUAAGAAAGUCGUGACAAAGACCUUUCAUGGGGCAGGCUUGGUUGUCCCAGUAGAUAAAAAUGAUGUGGGAUACAGAGAACUCCCUGAAACGGAUGCCAGUCUCAGGAGAAUCUGCAAGACGAUCGUGGAGGCCCCCGGUGAUGCUGAGAGACUCAGAGCUUUUGCUCCUGUUCAGGAAAUGAUGACUUACGUGCAGUUUGCUAAUGACGAGUGUGAUUAUGGGAUGGGGCUGGAGCUGGGGAUGGACCUCUUCUGCCACGGUUCCCACUAUUUUCAUAAAGUUGCUGGCCAGCUUUUACCUCUUGCAUAUAAUCUGUUGAAGAGGAAUCUGUUUGCAGAAAUUAUUGAAGCGCACCUGGCGGACAGAAGCAGAGGGGACGUGGACCAGCUUGCAGCAUGAGUGGGAGGUGCCUCUCUUUGGCAUACAGUAUUUCAGAGCUUCAGUAUGAAACGUGAUGUUUUGUUUUUAAGGAGUACAGAAAAUAAAUGGACGGAAACAUUUGCUAAAA